AUGAACCAUCCGAUUACUCAAAUUGGAUCGCAAACAGCAAAUCCUCUGAUUAGACCACAACAGACAGUUCACCUGCCAGUGUUUCAUAAUAGACCACAGUCUUCGGGUAACCAGACAACGGUUAGACGUGCUUCGGCCUAUGAGACAACGGCUCAUCAAAUUGGAUCGCAAAUAGAUAAUCUUUGGAGUAGACCACAAUCAUUAGUUCACCAGGAAACGGUACAUCAGAGUAGACCACAUAACUCGGGCCAUCAGACAACCUUACCUACAUCUAUACAUCAUAAGAUUCCUCAGUAUGGAUCGCAAGCAGCUAAUCCUCUGAUUAGACCACAACUACCAGUUCACCAUACAAUGUUUCAUAAUAGACAAGAGACUUCGUUACAUCAGACAGCAGUUCCUGCAUCUAUACAACAUGGACUUUCUCAAUUUAGAUCGCAAACAGUUAAUCCUCUGAUAAGACCACAACCAACAAUUCAACAGACAACAGCACAAACAUUGGUCCAUCAAACAACGGUUCCUCCGUCUAUAUACCAUACGAUUACUCACAUUGGAUCGCGGACAGAACACCCUCAGAUUAAUAUAAUGUCUUUAAGAUUCGAUAUAGAUAAUAUAAACAUUAUUGUUAGCAAUAUGGAAUUAGCAGUAGUAAAGUUUCAUAAAAAUCCAUCAUUUUAUUUCGACACUAUAUCAAAGUUGGAGGAAUUUUUAAAGCAACUAAGCAUGAUAUCUAAAAGACUCUAUUUAUUAAGAAAAGAAAUAGUUUUACAAGAAUUGAUAUCACUUUUGGUACAACAAAUAACAAAUCUAAUGAAUGGGAUAAAAGAAAUAAACAGGUUAUUGGGAUUAUUUCCAGUGAACUUCGAGUAUUUGUUGGAAAAGAAAACGCCGGAAUUCAAUUUAUGGUUAAAUAAUAUUAAAAAAGAAAUACAACUUUUACUUGAAAAAAUGUUAAAAGAGAAUGAAACGAUUAAAGAUAAACAAAUAAAAUUUUUAAAUCAAAAUAAUCAACAAAGCAGGCAAAAACAAAAUAGUUCAGAAACUUCUAAUGCUGCCAGAAAUAAACAUAAAUCUACUACUAUUACUAUACCAUUAAUAGAUUUGACAGAAGACGAUAUUGAAGAAAAUGAACAAACAGGUUGA